AUGUCUCUGACCAACACCGAGAGGACCAUCAUUGUGUCCCUGUGGGCCAAGAUCUCCACGCAGGCCGACACCAUCGGCACCGAGACUCUGGAGAGGCUCUUCCUCAGCCACCCGCAGACCAAGACCUACUUCCCGCACUUCGACCUGCACCCGGGGUCCGCGCAGUUGCGCGCGCACGGCUCCAAGGUGGUGGCCGCCGUGGGCGACGCGGUGAAGAGCAUCGACAACAUCGGCGCCGCCCUGUCCAAGCUGAGCGAGCUGCACGCCUACAUCCUGCGCGUGGACCCGGUCAACUUCAAGCUCCUGUCCCACUCUCUGCUGGUCACCCUGGCCGCGCGCUUCCCUGCCGACUUCACGGCCGAGGCCCACGCCGCCUGGGACAAGUUCCUAUCGGUGGUGUCCUCUGUCCUGACCGAGAAGUACCGCUGAGCACCGCCUCCGGGACCCCCAGGACAGGCUGCGGCCCCUCCCCUGCCCUUCACC